AUGGAACUUCACAACGAGAUUCUUGACUUCGUCGCUUUCAUCAAGGCAAGUCAAGUCGAGAAGUUGAUCGAGCGAGAGCAGGAGGAGGAGCUGAAACAGGAAGAGAGGACGAGGAUGAGGAAGAAGAAGAGAAGGGAGAGGCAGCAAGGGGAUCGAGCGAGGAGGGAGAGCGAUGAAGUGGUAACACACGAGAUCUGGCCGGAGGCGGAGCUCAAAGUGUUCGGCUCCUACGCCACGGGGAUGUUCCUUCCUUCCAGCGACGUGGACAUGGUUGUUGUCAACUGCAGCGACUGUGAUCCUCUAGUCAAACUUGCGAAAGUUCUCAAGUCCGACGGAAAUUUCGAUAAGAUCCAAGUGAUAGGAAAAGCCAAGGUUCCAAUCAUCAAGUUCGAGGACGUUCCUAGCGGCAUCCCCUUGAACAUUUGCUUCGGCCAAGAAGACGGACUCAUCAAUACAGAAUGGGUCAAGUUUCUCUAUAAUCGCGACCUGCAUGAGACGUACACGGGAGGUAGGGAAGAGGAGAGAGAAGAGGGAGGAGCGAGGAGCGAGGAGGCUCACUGA